AUUUUUUACAUCUUUUUCAAUUGCUUUCGGUCAUCUCUUUCAUAAUCAAAAUAUCCGCCAUUAAAGCUCUGCAAGGAAUAACAACUUUUAACAGUUGGACUUGGACAUGGAUGAGUACUUUGAAGAGGUGUUAGGAGCUGGAUCGAAUCAUCAUCAUGAGGAAGAAGUAGAUGAAUAUUUAAUGAAGUAUUCAGAUGAAUCUGAUUCAAUAGAUGAAAUGGAAAGAAGAAGGUCAUGCAGAGGAUUUGAUUGUAACAUAUGUCUAGAUUCAGUUCAAGAACCUGUUGUGACAUUAUGUGGUCAUCUUUAUUGCUGGCCUUGCAUUUACAAAUGGAUGAAUACUAAUAAUUCCAAUGAAAACGAAGAAGAGCAACAACAAUAUUGCUGUCCUGUAUGUAGAUCUGAUAUAUCUCAAGACACACUUGUUCCUAUCUACCAAACUACAGAUUAUAAUUCUUCUCAGCCAUCAGGAGUUAUAAUACCUCCAAGACCUGCAAUUCAAUUUGUUGAAUCAAACUCUUCAAUACUUUUCUUUGAUAAUAAUCAUAAUAUUGAAGAAACUAGUAGCAGCAACAUCAGCAUCAGCAGCUACAAUGGAAUAUUUGGUAAGCUGGUUUACUGGAGGUUUUUCGGUAAUUCAUCAGGUAACCCUAAUAAUUCAUAUAAUCUUGCUGGAACUACUACUAGUCCUAGGCUGAGACAUCACUUGAUGAAAAUGGAUGAAUCUCUCAAUAGAAUGAGCUUUUUUCUCCUCUGUUGUGCACUUGCAUGUCUAAUCUUGUUCUGAUAAUUACUCAAGUUAUGGGCAAUUCCAUUGUCAUCAAUUUGGUGGUUUGUAAGGAUGCACUUUUAUAAAGCUUUGAGAUGAAGAUAGAACAAAAUUGUACAUUGUUGUAUUUUGGAAUUUUAUUAUGAGUUUCAUUAUAUUGCAUUCUUUU